AUGUCUGCCGAAGCUACCACCACCCCCCCUGUCGCUGACAGCACCGCUGCCGCCCCUGCCCCUGAGGCUAACGGCGCCCCUGCUGCUGCUGCCCCCGAGACCGCCGGUGAGGCCGCUGCUGCCAACGCUCAGCCCCACUCCGCUUCGCUGUACGUCGGUGAGCUCGACCCCUCUGUGACUGAGGCUAUGCUCUACGAGCUGUUCUCUUCCAUUGGCCAGGUCGCCUCUAUCCGUGUCUGCCGUGAUGCCGUUACUCGUCGCUCUCUCGGUUACGCCUACGUCAACUACAACAACACAGCCGAUGGUGAGCGUGCUCUUGAGGACCUGAACUACACCCUCAUCAAGGGCAAGCCCUGCCGUAUCAUGUGGUCCCAGCGUGACCCCGCUCUGCGCAAGACUGGCCAGGGCAACGUUUUCAUCAAGAACCUGGACAACGCCAUUGACAACAAGGCUCUGCACGACACCUUCGCUGCCUUCGGUAACAUUCUGUCCUGCAAGGUUGCUCAGGAUGAGUUCGGUAACUCCAAGGGUUACGGAUUUGUUCACUACGAGACCGCCGAGGCCGCCAACAACGCCAUCAAGCACGUUAACGGUAUGCUUCUGAACGACAAGAAGGUUUUCGUCGGUCACCACAUCUCCAAGAAGGACCGCCAGAGCAAGUUCGAGGAGAUGAAGGCCAACUUCACCAACAUCUACGUCAAGAACGUUGACCAGGAGAUCACCGACGAGGAGUUCCGCAUCAUGUUCGAGAAGUUUGGUGAGAUCACCUCUGCUACUCUCAGCCACGACCAGGAGGGCAAGAGCCGUGGUUUCGGUUUCGUCAACUACUCCACCCACGAGAGUGCCCAUGCCGCUGUUGAGGAGAUGAACGAGAAGGACGUCAAGACCCAGAAGCUGUACGUUGGCCGUGCCCAGAAGAAGCACGAGCGUGAGGAGGAGCUCCGCAAGCAGUACGAGGCUGCCCGCGUUGAGAAGGCCUCCAAGUACCAGGGUGUCAACCUGUACGUCAAGAACCUGACCGACGAUGUUGAUGAUGAGAAGCUCCGUGAGCUCUUCAGCAGCUACGGUACCAUCACCUCCGCCAAGGUUAUGCGCGACAGCAUCGGCGAGCGCACCCCUACCCCCGACUCUGAGGAGGCCGAGGCUCAGGAGACCGAGACCAAGGAGGAGGGUGAGACCGAGGCUAAGAAGGAGGAGGAAGAAGAGAAGAAGGAGGAGGAGGAGGAGAAGGAGGGCGAGGAGAAGGAGGAGGGUGACAAGUCCGAGAAGAAGCUGCUUGGCAAGAGCAAGGGCUUCGGUUUCGUCUGCUUCUCCAGCCCCGAUGAGGCCUCCAAGGCCGUCACUGAGAUGAACCAGCGCAUGAUUGGCGGCAAGCCCCUCUACGUCGCUCUCGCCCAGCGCAAGGAUGUCCGCCGCAGCCAGCUCGAGGCCAGCAUCCAGGCUCGCAACACCAUCCGCCAGCAGCAGGCCGCCGCCGCUGCCGGUAUGCCCCAGCCUUACAUGCAGCCCGCCGUCUUCUACGGCCCCGGUCAGCAGGGUUUCAUCCCCGGUGCUCAGCGUGGUGGCAUGCCUUUCCCUCCUCAGCCCGGUAUGGUUAUGGGUAUCCCUGGUGGACGCCCCGGACAGUACCCUGGUGGCUUCCCUGGUCAGCAGGGUGGUCGUGGCAUGGGUCCUAACCAGCAGAUUCCCCCCAACUUCCAGGGCAUGCCUAUGGGUAUGCAGGUUCCUGGCGGUAUGCCCAACGGUAUGGGCUACCCCAUGCAGGGUCAGUUCGGUCGUGGUGGCAAUGGCCGUGGUCAAGUCCCCGGCAUGCCCAUGGGUCAGAUGCGUGGUGGUCCUGGCUUUGGCCGUGGUGGUCCUCAGAUGGGUCGUGGCCGUGGCCAGCCCGCUCCUGCCGGUCAGCCCGCUCAGGAGGCCGCCGCUACUCCCAGCGGAAUCAACCACCAAGUCUUCGCUGCCGCUCCUUCCGCUCAGCAGAAGCAGAUGCUCGGUGAGGCUCUUUACCCCAAGAUCCAAGCUCAGCAGCCCGAGCUUGCUGGCAAGAUUACUGGUAUGCUGCUCGAGAUGGACAACACUGAGCUCCUCGGACUGCUUGACGAAGAGGAUGCUCUCCGCGCCAAGGUUGACGAGGCCCUGAGCGUUUAUGACGAGUAUAUGAAGAACAAGGGUACCGAGGGUGAGGCGACUGGCGAGGUCAAGCCCCAGGAGGCCGCUAAGGAGGCUUCCUCGGAGGAGAACAAGUCCUAA